AUGACUAUUGUAAAUAUGUUACGUAUUAUUGGUGUCAAUCUACCAGACGGAAAGCUGCUGUCAAUACAACAGAUAGUUGUAACAGCUAUUCAAAUUAUAGCACUAGGAUUUCACGUCUAUGGUCUCAUCGAUUUAUGGCCAAAACCAGCUGAAAUCUGCAAAUCAAUAAUCAUUUAUUUAUUGGGUACUCAAUCGAUCAUAAGAGGUGUAAGCAGAUUCACAAGAAAUGACGAAAAGGCAAUGAGAGAAAUGCACGAAAUUAUCGACAACUUUUAUAUAAAAAAUGAAAGAAAUGAAAAAUUUCGUGAAAAAUUGAGUUCAAAUGUGAAACUUUUCAGACGAAUUAUUAUUUUAUAUAUUGCCAUAUGCAGCAUAAGUUAUAAUUUACCAGUUAUAUCAGGAUUAACAUUGAGUAUAAUGACCAGAGAAUUCGUACUUCCGGUUCCAAUGAAACUCCCUUACAUCGAUUCAACUACAAUUUAUGGCUUUCUACUUUGCCAGACAGUCAUUGCAAUGGUAUCAAAUAUAUUAUUUUUGAUUAUGGUUGCUGGAGACACUGUCAUUCUGUAUUUUACUUUACAAACAAUCACGAGGGUCGAGUUGCUUAAUCUUAAAUUUCAAUUGCUUGGAGAAGAUUUGAUAAAAGUUCAAAAUAUGAGAAAAAUUAUUGCAAAGUCAAACAGAAACUUUAACUCGUCUAUUUCUAUUAGGACUAAGCAAGUCUGCAAAUAUAUUUCUACAUCUACAAAUGAUAUUGAUUUUAUUGUGCUUAAAGCUAUGCAAAACUAUGUUGAUGAACAAUUUAUUAAUUUAAUUAUUGAGUACACAGUCUAUAACGAUUAUGUAUCGCGGAUACUUUCAUUCAGAGAAAUGAUAACAUUUACAACUUUAUAUCUUAAUUAUGUCGGAAUCGGACUAUCUUUGGUAACUAUCAGAGUAUCAACAAUAUCAUUUGGUGUUGCCGCCUGCAUAAUAUUCACACUGCAAGUCUUUAUGCAUUGCUUUGAAUGCACCUUAGUCACCAUUCAAAAUGAGAAGCUAUUGACUAAUGUUCAGGAAUUUCCAUGGUAUAAGCUAUCGCAUCCUCAAAAGAAAAUAUUUUUGCAGUUUCUUUGCAUCUGUCAGAACACGAAUAGCUUCAGCUUGCCAAUAUUUGGAGAUGUUAAUAUGGAAUUAUUUACUGACAUUAUGCAAGCUGCUUACUCAUUUUUGAUGUAUGUUAUUCAAUUUGUUAAUAUUAAGUAG